AUGGCGGGUAUCUGCAGACCGCGCCUCGCUCUCGCGGCUGCGCAAGCGGCGCGCGCGCGCCUCGCUGCGCCGGCAGUCUCUGCGACCCAGAGCGCCGUUACGGAGCUGGUGAACCCCCUGCAGAAGCCGCGCUGGGCGGCAGCUUGCGAAGAGCGGCACUUUCCCAUGCUCCAUAAACUCCAACCCUGCUUCCCGAUCUACCGAGAGGUCCUCGGCGCCAUGGACAAAGCUGACUUCAAGCCGGCAGGCAUGAUUGUGAACUCCGAGGCGCAAGCGAAGCUCGGCGAAUUUUUUCUCUGCUGCGCCUGUGCGCUGCGCCUUAAAGAGGUCGAACACGCUGGAACAGACAACACCGCGCUGCUUCGCGUGGCGCAGGCGACGGCGGAGGAAGACUUCGAACCGUGGCUGCAGGAAGUCCAGGAUUUUAUCGCGGACUUUGACUCAGAUCUCGCCGACAAGUUGGAAGCAGCGGCUGCUCUCCGCACAAGCGAUGAAGGGCGUUUCUGGGAAGCGAGCUUCGCAGCCGCGGCACCCGACGACUUUGACGCCCUCGUCAUAGCUGCAGAGCAGGCAGGCGACGCAGGUCUGCCGUCUGAAAGUGCAGCUGCCCCUUCUACCUCCUCACAGUCUUUUUCAAGUUCGCCUUCGUCCCCUUCUCCCUUGGCAGCCUCUUCUGAAGGUCAUGUGGAGGCAGCAGGCUCUUCUGGAGAUGGCGAGAGAGAGGAGGCAAGCGCUGCUGCCUGCUCAGAGUCUGUCAGCGCGUCUCCGGCGAGGCACCAGGGCGAGGUUUCUAACGAGCCGACAGCCUUUGAGAAGGCAGUUGUCGCGCAGAACGAGGGCCUCGUUUUUCAGAUGUACGAAAAAUGGCUUGAAGCAGCUGCGCAGCCGCUUAAGCGGGAACUGCGGGAUUCGCUCUCCGACGUUGGGCUCAUUGUCGCCAAGGAGGUGCUUGAAGAGGCCGCUAGAAACAAGCUUGACUGA